UACAGAUCAGAGGAUGAGCACUUCCUCCAUGGCCUUUCAAUUAGGAGCUUCUUCCUCUCUCUCAUUCUCUUCUUCUUCCAUUCGUAGAUGGACUCACGAUGUAUUCUUGAGUUUUAGAGGUGAGGAUGUUCGCCAAAACUUUAUUUCUCAUCUAUACCAUGCUUUGCAUCAAAGGGGAAUCAACACUUACAUAGACAACAAUCUCGAAAGAGGAGAGGAAAUUUCGUCAGAACUUUCCAAAGCAAUUGAAGGAUCAAUAAUUUCUAUCAUUGUACUCUCUAAGAACUAUGCAGAGUCUCGAUGGUGUUUAGAUGAGCUAUUGAAGAUCCUCGAGUGUAAGGAAAUGGUAAAACAAAUUAUUUUACCCUUGUUCUACGAUGUAGAUCCGUCAGAGGUACAACAUCAAAAAGGGAGUUUUGGAGAAGCAUUCGCCAAACUUAGAUAUAAGUUGAAGGAUGAAGUAAAGGUCACAAAGUGGGAGGCAGCUUUGGAAAAGGUAGCCAAUUUGUCCGGACUCGAAUUAGGGGACAGGAAUGAAUCAGAGUUUAUUCAAGAUAUCAUUAAAUGGGUGGAUUCAAUAAUGGUAAAUCGUACAUUUCUUAAGGUUGCUAAGCAUCCAGUUGGAAUAGAGUCCCGCGUACGAGACAUUUUUCAACAUUUAAAUAUGGGAAGGAAUGAUAUUAUAUGCAUGAUAGGGAUAUUUGGAACCGGUGGAAUUGGUAAGACAACUAUUUCAAAAGAGGUCUAUAACAAGAUUUCUUACCAAUUUGAAGGAAGUUGUUUCUUGAAAAACAUUAGAGAAACUUCAAAAGUAGGAGGUCUGAUCCAGCUACAAAAGACACUUCUUUAUGAGACUUUGGGAAUAAGUUUGGAAUUUCAUGAUACUGAAAAAGGCAUCAAUGUAAUUAGGCAUAGACUUUGCUUUAAAAGAGUUCUCCUAAUUCUUGAUGAUGUGGAUGACUUGGUUCAACUAGAAACAUUGGCUGGAGCUCGUGAUUGGUUUGGUUCAGGAAGUAGAAUCAUCAUAACAACAAGAGAUCAACAUUUAUUAAAUAUAUCUAAAGUUGAUUCAAAAUAUGAAGUAAAGAGAUUGGACCAUAAUGAAGAUCUUGAGCUCUUUAGUUGGCAUGCUUUUGAGGAAGACAAACCUAUUGAAGAUUAUGUGGAACUCUCUAAGCAAGUAAUGCAAUAUGCUGAGGGCCUUCCACUAGUUUUAACAGUGCUAGGCUCAGAUUUAAGGGGUCAGAAUAUAAAUUAUUGGAGAAGUACAUUGGAUAAGUAUAAACGAAUUCCUAGCAAAAAUAUUCAAAAAGUACUUUGUAUAAGUUACGAUGGAUUGGAUGAUAAUGAGAAGGAGAUUUUCCUCGAUAUUGCCUUUUUUUACAAUGGACAAUACCUGGAUCAUGUCGUUAAAAUAUUAGAUAGCUGUGGUUUCUCUCCAGAGAAUGGUAUCAAAAGGCUUAUAGAUAAAUGUCUCAUUACAAUUACUACUUACAAUACAUUGUGGAUGCAUGACUUGCUACAAGACAUGGGAAGAGAAAUUGUCCGAAAGGAAUCACCCAAAGAACCAGGCGCACGUAGUAGAUUAUGGUUUCAUGAAGAUAUUCGCCAUGUAUUAGAGGAAAAUACUGGAACAAACAAUGUUGAGGGGAUAAAAGUGGUUCUACCUGAGGGUCAUAAUCAUGAUGACAUGAUACGCUUGAGUCCCAAAGCGUUUGCAAAGAUGAAAAGACUAAGAUAUUUUAUAAGCCGGGGUGCAUGCUUUUCUGGAGGAGUACUUAGUUAUCUUUCUAAUGAGUUAAGAGUACUUGAUUGGUCAAACUGUCAUUUACCAUCUUUGCCAUCCAAUUUUCAUGGAGAGAAGCUUGUUGUUUUUAAAAUGAACGAAGGCCGCAUCAAGGAGAUCAAUUGCUGGAAAUUUAAGAACUUGACGGUAAUGAAAUUUUCAAAGUGUAAGUUCUUAAGCAAUAUCCUAGGUGUUUCGAGUUGCUCAAAUUUAGAGAGAUUGGACAUUGAGAUGUGUGAAAAUUUAGUUGAAGUUCAUGAUUUUGUUGGAUUCCUGGAUAAGCUUGUUAGUUUGAAUCUUUAUAGAUGCCUUAACCUGAAGAGUUUUCCAAGGCAUCUCAAGUUGAGAUCUCUAAGAAACCUUGAACUUUGGCAUUGCUCAAAACUUCAAAACUUUCCACAAAUCGAGUGUAGAAUGGAAAUUUUAAGUUACAUUCAGUUGGAAGGCACUCCAAUAAAAGAAUGGCCUUCAUCCAUUGGGUACCUCACUCCUGCGCUUAAUUUGCUAUCGCUAUAUCUGGAUCAAUGCAUUCAUCAGUUGCAAAAUCAAAAGGAGCUUUGUCUUAGUGACUACUCUAUAAUGCUUAAAGAAGAUGAACGGUAUUCAUCCAUUAAUGUAUGCUUCACUGCGAUUGAACAUUUAUCUAUAGAAGGUAUCAAGGACCUGUUGUGUCUCCCAAUCAGCAUUCCUCACUUGCAAGUCCUAAAGGAUCUCUCUCUCCUUAUUCAUACAAAUCUUGCUGGCUACCUCAUUCGGCUUAAAAUGUUGCACCUAACAAAUAUCUUGACAGCUUUUAAUUAGUAUCUUGACGACUUUUCAUUUUAUUGCUCGUCCACUUUGCAAGAGUUAGAUCUAUCUAAAAGUGCAAUUGUCAGCCUUCCUCCGAGCAUCGAAAGCUUUGUUAAAUUGAGGAUUCUCAAAUUGCAUGGAUGCAAGAAACUUCAAGAAAUUCUACAUCUUCCACCAAAUAUACAAGAGUUAGAUGCUUAUAAAUGUCACUCCUUGGAAAGAUUCCCAGAAGUAUCAACAAAAUUUCCAUUCUAUACAUGUGGCUUGCAAGAGCUAAGAUGGAUUGAUUUGACCAGUUGCCAUAAAUUGGAUGUAAAUAUAGGGAGUCUGGAGCCAAAUCCUUCAUUUCUUGAGGAACAUAUUCAAGACCAUUCAUGUGGUAUUACAUUUCCAGGGAAUAAGAUUCCAGAUUGGUUUAGCCAUACUAAGGAAACUUCAAAUGGUGAUCAUUCCUGUGAAUUGGAUAUACAUGGGCCCUUGUAUUUGGAUAAAAUCAUAGGAAUUGUUUUCUGUGUUGUUCUUAGAAAAAGCUUUCACCCGUGUUCAGGAGUGUCGCCCCAUUUUUGUGUUUCUAUAAACGGUAACAGGCUUGUAAACUACUCAUGGCAUGAAGACUGGUAUGAUAGAGUCUCGAAUCCUGUAUAUCUAAACUACUCAUUUCCAGAAUCUAUCGAGCAAUGGCUACGGUACCCAACAGGAGACACAAAAUUUAUCGAGCAAUGGCUACGGUACUCAACAAGAGACACAGAAUCUUUCGAGCAAUGGCUACGGUACCCAAAAGGAGACAAUCUAAGGUUUAUAUUUGAGAGCGAACCGGGCUUUAAAAGUUGUGGAGUUCACAUAAUCUCUAAGGUUCAAUUUGAAAUCUUUAUUGUCUUGCUUUAAAAAUCUUUUAAGCUGUCUCCAAGUUCAUCCUCUGUAUUUGCUUGAAAACAAAGACCACAGCUGCUAGAUGAGCACCGAUUGCAAUCCUAAAAUAUUUUACUUGAUUUUAUAUGUAUACUUUGGUUGUAGCUAGUAAUCCAUUGCAAUCGAGAAUAGUUUCAUCCUUUGUAUUGGGCCAAGCUCCAUUUCGUAGCUAGGAGCAUAAAA